UCAACUGCUGUCAAGAAAAAUUUGGUUGGUUUGCAAAAAUUAGCUUGUGCCGGCAAAUUUAUUUUGACCACCGUCUCAUAUUCGAUAAAUCGUAAUAUUUUACAUACUCUCUGUGUUAUUCUACUCUCCGUGACUAUACGAUAGCCAUUUGAGUAGGGCAUUUAUUUCAAUAUGCCGAAAAGACAAGUAAGGAACGCAUUUUAUUUCUAUAUGAUUGACUUCAGAGAACAACAAAAGAAAAUUGGAAUUCAGUAUGGAAACAUAAGAGAAGUCUCUGAAGCUGCAGGUCCUUCGUGGAGGGAGGCACCACCAAAUGUACGCGCUAAGUUUGAAGAAAUGGCUCGCCAAGAAAAAUUGAAGAGAAAUGUUCCUGACCAGAAGUUUACUUCAACAGGGAUACCAUUUUCUGAGAUAGAACGACAAGAGAGAGAGUUGCGUGAAGCAGAGGAAGCCGAGAGAGAGUAUAUUAAUAAUAUUGUCAAAUUAAAGUCUUUUAAUUCAGAAAUUAUACAUGAGUACUUUUAUGUGAUGGAUGUGAACUACUACUGUAAGUUCAACUCGGAUUACCUAAUAGGGGAAUGUACCGCUCUACGCUUCAAUGUUAAAAAUGGCAUCAAAGAUCAAUUUCAUACUAUGAUCAACCCAGGUCCAAUACCAGUUGGAUAUGCUUAUGAUGUCAAACUCGGAGCUCAAGAACUUGGGCUGGAUAUGCCGGAUGCAAUUACUUAUAAGACAUUGCCAUACAUAGACACUUUAGCCAUCAUCGUCGACUACCUGAAGCAUGGCCUUCCGACUUCUAGCAAGACAGUACCACCGAUUUACACAAUGCCAGAGAGGGUGCAACCAGUCUUGAAUUUUAUAUUGCAAAUGUGUGCAAAGACAGGUGAAGACGACGGCAUGUUCCGCGUGUACAAGCUUGACACGCUGUUCUACACGCUGCUGAAUGGCGUCAAGAACCGCGGCGACGAGGGAUUCCCCCGCGAGUCGUUGGCGCUCGCGCAGCUGAAGAAGGACCCAUUCCGGUACACGCCCGGCUUGGGGUGCCGGCACCACGAGGACAUAGACAAGGCUGCGGAGUGCACUACCUCUCGCGUGAAGCGCUGGGCCUACACCAUCAUGGACAGCUGCUGCCCCGUGGUCGGCGUGGACAUGCUGCCGUCGAAGCAUGUCCCCGGCGACUUCGACCUGGACACCAUCAUAAAUUUUAGAGAGCAAAAGAAAGAAAGAGCUGGACCGUCAGUGGCUGUUCCUCGGUGGGGGGAACCUUCUAACGCCUCAGCCAGCGAUAUCAAUCAGUCUUCGUUCAACGAGUCUGCUAAUACUUCAGCCUCAACUUCAGCUCCUUCGACUUCAUCAAAGAAGGAAAAAAAAGCCCAGCCUCCUCUACGUAUGCCAAAGACAGAUUAUUCGCAAACCCUUCGCCCAGCGCCCGAGCUCACCGAAGCAAACUUCCCAAGUUUCUCUGCUGGACGCGGCCGUGGCUUAGCGAGCAGCUUAAACAAAAUGCAUAUUGGAAAACCAAAGAAGUAAACGUAGACAGUCUACCUAUAAUCUUGUCUUGACCUGUACUCAAUCUUGACUGCUAACUUUACUUUAAGACUUCCUCUUGUGCUGUGGGACUUAGAUACAAAUGUUCUAUUAAUGUUCACACUUCGUGUAUCUAAUACACUUUAGUCAGGACUUGUUACCCUUUUAGGAUUAUUGUGUCUACAAAAUUAUUGGGCGAGCUUAUAUGGCCGACAGGGUAUGGUCAUUUAAUGGGUGAAAGUUCGAUAUGGAUAUUUCUAUAAUGCAGCUAUUCAUCACUAUCGAAUAUGUAUUUAGAAGCUAAACUUUAGCCAUGUAUGCUCGCUAUCGUGCAUUAUGGGUGCAUAAAAAAUAAAAUUAGUCUCUUGAUAUGACACCUUUACAUUUCGGUCUUGGUUCGACUUUUACGUGCAUUUAUCUGCUAUGUAUGUCUGAUAUGGAGUAAAGCAAGUAUUAAUAAAAUAUUUCAUAGUAAAUAAUAGAAUAUUCAGUAGUAAAUAACCGUAUAUAAUAUACCUUAUAAUACUAUAUUCCUGUGUAUAAAGCUUGGAUACAUUGUGGUGAAAUGACCCUCAGUGACGCACAACGCUCGAACUACUUGACGCCACGUUGUCGCACUGUGUCAAGCAUGACAUAGAUUUACAUAACAUUUUCCUUUAUCCGAGAGCGACAUUGUGUCUCUCGGGUGUACCACAAAAUUGUACAACGUUUUAGGUACCAUGCACUUCAUUUGUUGCCUAGUGUGUCCAAUGUUUUAACUUGACUCAACAAAAAGGUUUAAAAAAUGUUGUAGCGAAUGAUUGUUAUUGUCUCUAGUGUAUCGGCGUUCAAUGACUUAAGUAUAUUGCUAUCUCUAGAUGAUUGUCUAUUUCAUUGAUCAAAUAUGAGAAUACAUGAUUAUGUUUUAUGUCGAUGUGAGGUUAUAAGUAAAUGAAUAGCAUUUAGUAUUAAAUUUAACUAAACAUAUAAAAUAUGAUAUUAUCUCUACAUGUUAUUUGAUGUUGUAACAAUCGAUGUGAUAAAUAUUAUUAAGUCAAAUACUUUUGUGAUUGCUUUAGUUAUUUAAGCAUUAGUGCCAUUUCCGCUUCCUCUUCUCUCAGAUAUAAUUUUCGAAAGAAAUAAAACUAUUUUUAUAUUUCGUUUAUUAAAUCUUUAAAAGAAGUGUAUCAUAUUUUUAAGGUUGGCCAAGUAGAAUAAGUUUUAAUGUAAUCACCAAAGUGAUACUUGAUCUUAAUGUUGAUAUUAUUUCGUUUUUUUUUACGAUAAAGACUCUAGCAAACAGCCGGCUAGAGUGUAAUGUGAAGUAUACGUACUUAUUGAAUAGUUAUAACCUACAGCUUUGUCGCACUCGUGUGGGCUGUGCUAGAGGCUUUAGUAACUAAAUUUCUUAUGUUAAAAUGUUGAAGUAUUUGUUUGUACUUGAAUUUAUAGUUUCGUAUGACAACUUAAUGACGAUUACAAAAUAUAUGACUUGAAUACA